CCUUAAUGAGAGGUCUGUAGAAGCCUGGCAUUGUCAGAUUACCCACCCACUUCAGCUGAUGAGCGCUGUCGUGAAAGUGACAUCGCAUUGAAAUGGGCGCCAUUCCCUCUUCUUUCUACGCACUACCCGUGAUCUUCGUCUGAAUCCAACACGCCUUCUCACUGCCCUUUCGGCGCCCUUUUUCUUUUCACUUUACAUCCCCACAGACUAUCCACCGGUGCCAUCGAGAAGAAUCAACGCGCGCUACCCCAUCCCUCACGAUGUCCACGGCCUCUGUAUCGGCGAAGGUAGAAGAAGAAGAGCAAGCAGGUGUGGCAAGCGGUGAGAACGUGACAUAUAUCCCCGACAGCGCGGCUCCCUCGCCCCAGCAGUACGCGCGAUCUGAGUCGAUGAGCUCCGAGCUCUCGGAUCCCCAGCCUCUCAGCCAAUGUAAUGCGGACCCAAAUCUGUUCACGAUGGGUGGCCAUCCUGAUGAAGAGUUUCGGGGAACUGAAUCUUCCGACAUUGACACAGCAUCGGAAGACGACACGGCGUCUGCAAAGGCUAAUUACUGCCCCGAGCAGAAGAGGGGAAAUGCAAACCAAGCAACUCAACGAAAGGCAACCGUGACGAAGCAGCCAGCCAAGACAAAACAACCGGCCAUGAAGCGUCGACCAUCAAAAGCUCAUACUCGCGAGCGUAUCGAGAGCUUGACUGGGUCUGGAUCUGAUGCGCCCGCCAGGCGGGCCAGGAUCACGCUGCGCAGUCCAUCCAAGAAACGACAUUCGCCCGAGAGCUUGGAAACGAGCCAUAGUCCUAGCAAGAGGCGUCGCUCAAACGUAUCAUCGAGCGACCACUCGGCAAUAAUAGCACCAGCCGUGUCGUCACCGCCUCAACCACCCUCAGGGGAUGAUCAGCUCUCAGCCUGUCUCCGAGACCUCUUAUCUGCACAGACGACGCUUCGCAGGGAGACGGGAGCCAAAGAUGAGAAGAUAAACACAUUGGAGGAAGAGGUGAAGAGAUUGGAAGAGAAAGUGUCUCGGGCCACCGAGCACUAUCGAAACGUCGCCGAGUCAAAGGACAAGCUUUUUGCCGAGUAUAGCGAUUUGCGGCAGCAAGUUCAGGAGGACGCCCAGCAGUAUGACAAGGUCACAGACGAUUGGAUUAUGGGCCGAUGGACAAGGCUCGCGUCUGGUAUUCAUGGCGUGACCGCCUGGAUGCGCGAAGACCUGAACCUUCAGGAGACACUCGCGGCGCACACUGUCCAUGCAGAAGCCAUGGGUCAUAUCGUCGACUAUUGCUCUUUGGAGAACAAGAAGAUCGCCAAGAAACGUGGGAUGAUUCGGCGCUUCGUUUGGGACCGUCUUGUGCAAGGAAUUUUCGGCCCCGACCAGGAGAUUUGGCGCGAUGGAAUGGCCCAAGAUUAUGCUUCCUUCAAUCAUUCUCUCUCCAUUGAGGCGUUGGAGAACGCUUCAAACCGCAAGCAAUACAGCAAAAUGAAGUCGUGGUUGGCGCACGAGAUGGAUCGUCUUUGCCCCCCCUCGCGCGAAGCUAUCGCAGAGUUUGCAGACGGCUUGGCGAGUGACCUCUCGAUGUUCUGUGAGCCCGACUAUGUACGAGGCCUACGCAAGAGCAUGCUCGACAUCACUCGCAUGGCCGUGGAGCUAUGGACUGUUUUGCGGAAAUCGAGAGCCAUCUUCUGCGUCUGCUCUGAUCAAUUUCAACCUCGCAAGAGGCGCCAGGCAGCGGACCCGAACACGAUGGAAAUCAUAUCCACUUUGAUGUUCAGGCCACCAGAGGAGCGCGGUCUGUGGUUUGUCCAAAGUCCGUACUUGGUAAAAUGCGGCGGUGCCGAUGGUCUGGAGGAUAACUUUGCGCAGGUCAUGGUUGUCUGUAAGGCUCGGGUCAUGAUUGCUUGAUAUUGCUGAAUAUUGCGAUGGGUUGGAAUAUCAUGCGGGUG